UUUCCCUUCACUGCCUUCGGCUAGCAUUUUUUCAGUUAUGGAGCCCGCCACUACGUCACGUGGGGAUUUUGCUCCCUCGGCAACGUACGUGCAGGCAGGGAUGAGAACUGAUACUCAACUGUCAGGUGCGUUUACUCCGUUGCCUCACCUUGGUUUUGCACCCGUGCCAACGGGAACUGCAAGCAGUACUGGUACUUAUCGUGCCAUGUUCUCCGCCACCUCGGUGCCGGGACAUGUUGGAGCACGCCCAGUUGCCACUUCGGUGCCGACUGCGGGAGGUACUGCGGGCUUUCAGCCCAAUUUCCCUUUGCCCACUAGUGGUCAUUGGGAUGUUUUCUCAGAGUUCAACCGUCUUAUGACGGAUAUGAGAUCUGUUUUGGACCAGCAGUCCUCGCUCAGAGGCCAUCUGAAUCAAGGCACUACUCGUGCAAUGGUUCAUCGUGAGGAUGAGGAGUCUGAGGACUCAGAGGUUGACGUUCGGGCCCCGAGACGUCGGUGGCGUUCGACUUCUGCCUCACGUGUUAGGUCCAGGUCCCCUAUCAGGGACGUGACAUCCGUUUCUACGGAUCCAGAGCUGGUCGAUGCUAUCGACCUGCAUCCUUCUGAAUCUGAGGCUCUUUCAGAGUCAGAACAUGCUCCCUCAGAACACCCUCCUCCGGAAGGGUUAACAGAGCACACUAGCACAGAGCACUCUGAGGUCCACUCGGAUGUAGCAGUGCAGCCUGUACAAGACAGGCCUUCCUUCCUGACCUCACUUCAACCACGAGUUAAGGGACUUGUUGUUUCCCCUGGGAUCGUGGAUUGGUUUAAGGAACAAAGACUUCUCCCCUGGCAGGAGAAGGUUUUUGAGGAUACAGAGAAGGCCUAUCACCUGGAUGCCUCUCAGGCGGCAGCGGUCUCUGCCCCCAAGUUGCACAAUGCCUUGGGUGAAAGGUGGAAGACGGUGAAACAGACGGUACAGGCGGUGAAACAGGAUAAUGCUUUGAGGGCUAUCCAGGGUCAUGCCCUCGAAGCUAUACAGCCGGUCUUGCAGGUGAUGGACCUGCUGCAGCCUCUGCUCUCGCACGAGGAUGAGUCUGUCCGUGACCAGGCUAAGGUCAUUGCUGAUCACUUGAACAUUGCUGGUCAGCUGAAUGCAGGAGUGUGCUCUCACAUUACCUACUUCAGGCGCCGUCAGGUGCAUGAUUGGGUCGAGGAUAAGUUCAAGUGCUUGGUCAACGACAAGAUCAGCACUAAACAUCAGGCUGGGGAUGACCGCCUGACUGUACCCACUUGUGAGUGGUUGUUGGGGGAUGACAUUCUACAGAAAGUAGAAGAGAUCGAUAAGGCUGGUAAGACAGUGGAAAAGGUCUACAAGGACCCUAAGCCGUCUACAAGGCGGGUGGUCUACAGUAGCCCUUUGGCCGCAGUUGACUCUUCUCAACCCAAGAUGAGUUUUGGGAGAGGACGUGGGAAGCAGUCCUUCCAUAACCGUCAGCAGUCGGCUAAGGGCAAGUCAUACCGUAAAGGAAAUCAGUCCUUUCGGCAGGCAAAAAAGUAGUCAACCCCCCACUUCGUCUCGAGCCAGGGUCGCCCUCUGGGAUGGAUCUUCUUCCAGUUGCUGGGAGAAUUCAGCAUUUCCUUUCUCAUUGGGAAACCAUCUGCUCAGAUCCAUGGGUUCUGAGCACUGUGAGCAAAGGUCUGAGGGUCCAUCUCACAGGGCGACCCCAUCAACUUGUCCCUCCAGAAGAGGUGACAGGGUUAAAUCUAGAGGCCGAAAACCUCAUGGCAGCAGAGGUUUUGUCGCUGAAACAAAAAGGGGUGAUCUUGGAAGUGUCUCCUGUGGAAGGACAAUUCCUAUCACGCCUUUUUCUGGUCCCAAAGAAAGACGGGACCUGGCGUCCAGUAGUCAAUCUAAAGCCUCUCAAUCAAUAUGUGGUCGCAGACCACUUCAAGAUGGAAGGGAUGAAGGAGGUCCAGUCGCUUUUACAGCCAAACGACUGGAUGGCCACCUUGGAUAUCAAGGAUGCCUAUUUCCACAUUCCCCUACACCAGUCCAUGAAGAAACUCCUGCGGUUUCGCUUCAAGGGCAGGAUUUGGGAAUUCCAGUCCAUGCCGUUCGGACUGAAUUGCGCGCCGAGGGUCUUCACAAAGGUGAUGAAGCCCAUCGUUGCGGUAAUUCGAUCUCAAGGGAUUCGGAUUGUGAUAUAUCUCGACGAUAUGUUGAUUUUGGGGUCAUCCCAAUCUCAAUGUCAGCAGAAUCUCCAGUUCGCAAUAGACCUUCUAUCACGGCUGGGAUUUCUGAUCAAUUGGGAGAAGUCCCAGUUGAUCCCGACACAGAAGCUGAUCUUCUUGGGUCUGGAAAUAGAUUCUCAUCUCAUGACGUUGCUUCUCCCUCGGGAGAAGGUGACAAAGAUUGUCAGGAGCUGCACCUCCUUGCAGAGGUUGCAGCAUGUGUCCCUCCGGCAGAUUGCCGAAGUGGUGGGUCAAAUGAAUGCAGCGUCAGCAGCAGUCUUGCCUGCUCCGCUUUACUUCAGGAAUUUGCAGAGUUGUCUAAACAACGCUCUGAAACAGAAUCGUCCAUGGGAGACCAAAGUGGUGUUGUCCCCUCAAGCUCGUGCAGAGUUAGCGGCCUGGGCAGCUUGUUUGCCUCAGUGGAACGGUCGGGCCAUUCUGUUGAGUCCAGUGGUUCUAACCAUCACCACAGAUGCAUCUCUCCAAGGUUGGGGAGCAGUCUGCAACGGGCGCAGGACAGGGGGUCGCUGGUCUCCUCAGGAGAGACAGAGACACAUAAACGAGCUGGAGUUGAUGGCUGCUUUCUUCGGCCUGAAGUGUUUCGCAUCCGACCUGAGCGAUUCCCACAUUCGACUCAGGUUGGACAACACAACGGCAAUCUCAUACAUCAACCGACAAGGAGGAUGCCACUCCUUGCCUCUCAGCCAAACUGCCGUUUCUCUAUGGAAAUGGGCUCUAGCGAGGGGUUUGAUGUUAUCAGCAGAACAUCUGCCGGGUCGGGUCAACCUGGAAGCCGACACGGCAUCCAGAGUGUUUCACGAUCACACAGAGUGGAAGCUCCAUCCACUUCUCUUUCACGAAGCAUGUCAGAUGCUUCAUUUCCACCCAGAAGUGGACUUGUUUGCCUCGAGGCUCAACCAUCAGCUUCCACUUUAUUGUGCAUGGCAUCCCGACCCAGAAGCAUGGAGGAUCGAUGCCUUCCUCUGCUCUUGGGGCAAAAUGCGGGUGUACGCAUUCCCACCUGUUUGUCUACUCACAAGAGUCCUGAACAAAAUUCGGUCAGAUCAGGCAGUAGCCUUGGUCAUAGCACCUUUUUGGCCCUCUCAGCCAUGGUUUCCACUGCUCCGAGAGUUAGCCAUUCGGGAUCCGCUGUUCUUCCCUGUGGAGAAGAACGUCCUGUGUCUUCCCGGGUUAGAAGAGGUGCAUCCUCUUUGGAAAAUUCUCAAGCUGACCGCUUGGCUUGUGUCAGGCAAGCAUUGAUAACUUCGGGUUUGUCAUCUGAAGCGGCAGCAGUGGCUUCCGCGGCUCAGC